GGUCUAAUAAGUGUUGCUGAUAAGCACUUCAAUAUUUUGAUUGUUAAAGCAGAAAACACCGCUUCUCAUAAGGGGUUCUGUGUAUAGCAGGAUGAGUCAUACGGAGGAAUCGAUUGUUUUCUGUGUUUUUCCUUUUCUGCCACUCUAUUUGCAUAGUAGCCUCAAUGUUUCGUUUGUUUUCGUUUUCCGCUCGCGGAUUGUCUCUGUAUGUACGCGAAGCAUUCAUCGUAUGUGAUGUUUUCAGAUGCCCUUUUUUGCUGCUGCUACCUUGAGUAUCUGUAUCACGCGGUGGUUCAUUUUUAGCUACACCGUAAAUCUCAUUUUCACAAUCAAGCACUGCUUCGUUAGUUGGUUGGUCGUACAUAUUUUACCGUUUAUUCCCCUCAUUCGAUCGUUGCAGAUUAUUACUGUGCGAAAAAUCGAAGCAAAAAUCUUCCUGAAGCAAAGAUAAAAUGCAAGCUGUUCCGUGUGCUUUAUAUUGGACCUUGAUUUCAACCAAAAUACUGUGAAAGCGCGCUUCGCUUCCAAGUUAUUGCAUCAGAUUUUUAGCGGUUAAAGGCUCACAAUCGAUCUCUGUUCGUAAAAAUGAAGAGCAGUUCUGUAAAGCCCCGUAACAAAAGUGCCCCUUCCGAUCACUCGAGAAAUUUCCACCAUCUGGCAGUAAAACCAGCCUACUGCCUGCAAUGCGCUAAGGAAUUUGUUUAAGAAACAAUGUGCAAAUAAGAUGAUUCAACAAGAUGAUUAAAUUAUGUUAACAUACACAGUUCUAGGUUUUCGGAUAAGAUGCGGGGAUUUUUUUUUUGCAAAGUGUGAUGUAUCAGUCACAAGACGAACCAGGUUGAUACAAUCUGUAUGAAACGGAAUAAACAAAAGAAUUUCCUGAGGGAAACAGGGUGCUGCGCUUAUGGUUUGAUAUAAUGCUCUUUUUUCUUUUCCUUCUCCCUCGUUUAAGCAGGUGGUUUCUAAUUGAAUUAAACUACACAGUACGCGAAAACCUUCUGGUAAAACCGAGUCUGGUGAGCGGGCGAGAGUCAUACUCGUUAGCGUAAAAAUAAACUGUGAACAGUUUAUCAGGCGUCCGCCCCGGCCUUAAUACGACCAUGGCUUAUCAAGGAGGAGGAUAUUAUCAAGACCCAAAUCAAGCAUACUACGGUGGACAGUACCCGCAGCAACCCGGCUACAACCCGAACUAUCCACCACAGCAGCCUGGUUAUCCACCGCAACAGCCCGGCUAUCCUUCGGGAGGUUAUAUGCCCGGCUAUCCGCCACAGCAACCCGGUUAUCCACCGCAACAACCCGGUUAUCCAUCGCAACCCGGUUAUCCACCACAGCCCGGCUACUCUCCCCAGCCCGGAUUUGUACAACCUCCACCGGCAAUGCCUGGUGCGUACGGUGCAGCAUACGAUCCCGAGACGGGCAGCGUUAAGGGUUUCGAGUUUAACGAUCAAUCGAUCCGACGUGGAUUCAUCCGCAAGGUGUACUCUAUUCUCACGGCCCAGCUAGCGAUCACACUCGGCUUUAUCGCACUCUUUCUCUACCACCGACCAACAAAGCUAUGGGUACAGAACCAUCCGGAGAUGUUCUGGAUUGCGCUGGGCGUGAUGAUUGUUACCCUGAUUUCGAUGGCAUGCUGCGGUGAUGUGCGCCGAAAGGCGCCGAUGAAUUUCAUAUUCCUUACACUCUUUACGCUUGCACAAUCGUUUCUGCUUGGUAUUACAACGGCCAAGUUUAGCUCAGACGAGGUGUUGCUAGCGGUUGGCAUAACGGCAGCCGUCUGUCUCGGGCUGACGCUGUUCGCCUUCCAGACCAAGUGGGACUUCACCGUAAUGGGUGGCGUCCUGUUCGUGGCCGUACUCAUCCUGAUGCUGUUCGGAUUGAUCGCGAUAUUUUUCCCCGGCAAAACGAUUACGCUCGUGUACGCGUCGGCCGGUGCGCUGAUAUUCUCGAUCUAUCUGGUGUACGAUACGCAGCUGAUGCUCGGUGGCGAACACAAGUAUUCGAUCAGCCCGGAAGAGUACAUCUUUGCCGCACUGAACCUGUAUCUGGACAUUGUGAACAUUUUCCUGUACAUCCUUACCAUCAUCGGUGCAUCGCGCGAUUAAAUUCGGCGUACGACCCAAAGGUUAGGUGGUUGUUUGAAAUGUUUAAAUAAUUUGCGAUUCUACUUUUCUCUCAUUCCAUACAAACGAAUAUGAAUGUUGCUGUAAGCUUUCUUGCAACUAUGGUUAUUGGUACGUAGGGGGUGUAUGCAGCACGUUAUAUUAUUUUAAGAAUGUUGCCAUAUGGUUGCAGUGAUUUUCAUACAUGUUAAAACAUAUAUAAAAAUGUUUGGUUGGUUGUUAGCUGCGUUUGAACUACUAAGCCGUUUGAAGAUGCGCGUAUGAACCUCGUGUAUAUAAGUGGUUACCAUUUGCUCGAACCACACCCCAACACGAAAGCGAUUAAGCCGAAGCCUUCACAAGCACAAGUCAAGCAAUUACGCGUGCUUUCUUAAAUUCAUUUUGGAAAUAAUGAAAUUGGUUAAACUAACUGCUACGGUGGAAGUUGAUGGAAUUUAAUCUACCCUCUACGUAAUCUUCUCAUCGUCUUAUAUUCUCACACCAAAAUAAUGCUACUUAAGCCCCCCUUAAAUGAUAACAGUUGCAAUGUCGUAAAAAUGACGUAUAGAGUAGCUUAUCUUUCUCUGGGUGCGUCUGCGAACGAAGAAAUGAACGUGAAAGGUGAUGUUCCCAUGUGAACGCAUAUAGUGUGCACAUCCACACGCAAACCGGUGGUGUGGAAAUUUAUAAUUCGAAAUAAGCAGCACUUUACGCAAACCUAUUACAUCACAAUCACCUGGAUGCAUGGACAUCCAGUGCCAAAAUUAUUUACUUUACACAGCCCUUUUUUGCAUUAUUUGGCCCUUAUCAACAUUGUGUUAUCGAAGUGUUUUGUGUGUAACAAAACAACAAGCAAUGCUAUCGGAGUAAAAUAAGUUUGAAUUGACGAAGUUUGAAGUUGCACGAAAGUGUGCCGAUAUUUGUGAUAGAACUUUGUGAACGAGUAUGAAUUAGCAACAUAGAGGCUUACUUUACCAAUGUUUAAAUUGUGCUGGCUAUAUUCUAUAUAUUUUGCGUUGCACCAGUGAGUAUUUAAUUAUGUUACCAUCUAAAUGAAAUGUUCCCUAACGAAACAGUAACAACUACCAAAUAACUGUACAACCAAUGAAGCUGGCUAUUAUUAAACCGUUGUUGAAACCCAAUGCUUUUGUGUAAUGUUAGCACGAAUGUAACAUGUAGCGCAUAUAGUGUGAUGGAAAUGGUGUAUAAUUUUAUUUAUUUUACUAUGAAGAGGUCACCGUUCGUUUCCGAUUCGCGCUGUUGCGAAUAAGUGUGCAACAACAGUAUCUUUACACAAAUAUUUAAUAUAACAAAUCCAAAUAAAACAAAUCAUCUCCAUGUA